GUUACGAACUUUGCACGCUUGUGAGUCUAAAUCUCGCUGUUGCUGUUUUCUGCAGGAUCUCUGAGUGGUGGGCUGGGGGAAAAGGCAGCUGGACCAGAUCCCGGCAAGCGUGAACGAGCAAGCUCCUCGGAAGGAGGAUGUCUCAACUGUCAGUGAAAGAACAUCUGGAUGGGAUCCUUUCGGACUUCGAAGCCUUAAAGAGGUCCUUUGAGAUGGAAGAUGUGGAAGAAGCUCCUUCAUGCUCAACCAGAUCUUCUGUAAAUCCCUGCCCCUCUGAAAAUGGAGAGGGAAAAAGAACCAGAGGGCCCGUGCAGAGCACUUACCCAUCUCCCAUCGGCCUGAGCAACAUCUCCAGUCCUUUGCACAGUCCGAUCCCCAAAACCAGGGUCACGAACAGCCUGUCUUUCAACCGAGGUACCGUUCAUUUGCCUCGGGCUAAUGGAACCAACCUCAUGAGGGUGUCCUCCUUCCAAACUCGGCUGAAUCCCAAUGGAUUCUCGUCAUCUUUAGGCCCAGGAAGCGAUGAGAGCCUUCACAGUUCUUCUUCCAGCUUGGAGUGCCCAACACCCACAAGAUGCCCUCCGAAUCCCUCUCGGCAAGCCGAGCCCUCUGGAAUUGAGAUCUCUCAGCUGUCUAGCCCUUUGCUGAAGAAGUUCUCAUCUCAUGGGAAUGUAUUCCAUGCCGAGGUGGACCGUCCCAUCCGGCAGGUCUCCAAGGCUACCGUGAAUCACAGCUCCUUGCCGUCCCUUGACUUGCAUAUCGCAGAAGACCAGGGGCCCAGUCCUAUCCUUUGCUCCACCUUGAACAUGGACCCCACCAACAGGUGGACCUCCCAAGACCAAAAUUCCAUCUCGCCACUUCCAGAAAAUAGAACAUUAUUGCGAAAGGAUUCCCCUUUCUCUGCCAUGGGGGUAGGCCAGUUGGCCAACGUGACUUCUAUGGCUUCUUUGGCCUCCAAGCAAACCACAAAGCUUCCAACAUUUCCCACCAGCCUGGACAAGUUCAUCGGAAACUCACCAAUUGGUUAUGUUCUCCCUUCGGUGGGUGAUCCUGGGCUCAAAUCUUUGCCUAAGGCCCAGCUUCAGAUCAACCUUGGCCACAGCCUGUCUCAUCCAUCUCCAGAACUGACCAACAAAGAUCAAGUGAUCAUAACCCAUGACACUUCCCUAACAAUGUGUUAUGGAAACCCACCAGAGAUAUCAGAAACAGAGAGAACAGGUCCUCAUCCUCAGUCUGACUCUUUCCAGCUUGUCUCUCCAUCUCCAACUGGUCACCCUACUUCCCAGUCCUCUUUUCUUGGGUCUCCAAUGACAGUGCCAACUCCCCAAGGGAGCCCAGCUUUGCCCAACCGAAGAGAAAACUGUCCCGCUCUGAUUGGUUCCAUCUCCUGUCAAGAUGCUUCCAAGGCUUCGAAUCCAGAACUGUCUUUUGGCCCAGGGGAAGAGUCCGGAGACCAGCCUCUGGAGAUCUUUGAGAAGAAGGAAGAGUCUGCAGAGAGGAAUUUACUAAAAGAAGAGAUUCAUCCCAAGCUUCAGCAGCUGAGCAUGGAGGACGAUCUAGCAGGAGAACCAAUUCCCCAGGAUGGCCCAGUCCUCAAGACCACGGACGGCGGACUAUUCGGCUACGUGGGGAUUGAGGCCGUCCUGGACCAGAUGCGUAUCAAGACCAUGAAAACCGGAUUUGAGUUCAACAUCAUGGUUGUAGGACAGAGUGGUCUUGGCAAGUCCACCAUGGUCAACACCCUCUUUAAAUCUAAGAUCAGUCGGAAAUCAGCCUGUUCCGGGUAUGAGGAACGUAUUCCCAAAACUGUGCAGCUGCUCUCUGUCACCCAUAUCGUUGAAGAAAAAGGAGUGAAGAUGAAGCUGACGGUCACAGACACCCCGGGAUUUGGGGACCAGAUUAACAAUCAAAACUGCUGGGUACCGAUAAUUCAAUAUAUCAAUGACCAGUAUGAGCGUUAUUUGAAAGAGGAAAUCCUGAUCAAUCGCAAGCAGAAAAUCCCAGAUACCCGUGUACACGCCUGUGUGUAUUUUGUCCCCCCGACAGGUCACUGGCUCCGCCCCUUGGACCUGGAGUUCAUGAGACGUCUCAGUAAGAUCACCAAUGUGGUUCCGGUCAUCGCCAAAGCGGACACCUUGACCCUCGAGGAAAGGGCAGAGUUUAAACAGAGAGUCCAAAAAGACCUGAAGGCCCACGGCAUCCAUGUUUACCCCCAAGUAGACUUUGACGAUGAUCCUGACGAUCGACUUUUGAACGAUAAAAUCCGGGAGAAAAUCCCCUUUGCAGUCGUAGGCGCGGACAAGGAGCACCAGGUGAAUGGGAAGAAGGUCCUGGGUCGCAAGACCAAGUGGGGGAUCAUUGAAGUGGAAAACUCGGCCCACUGUGAGUUUCCUUUGCUGCGGGAUCUUUUAAUCCGGUCUCACCUCCAGGAUCUCAAGGACAUCACUCACAGUGUACAUUAUGAACAAUACCGCAUCCAGCGCCUCAAUGAAAGCAACCGGCUGGCCAAAGGUGGCGAGUGGCUGGCACUGAGCUCCCUCACCUAUGAGCCACAGGGACAACAUGGUCUCCCUUGCACUGCCUCAGCCCCACCACCCCUCCAGUAGCUGGUGCACAUUGGUUUCCACUUCCUUCCUCCUUUCUUUUUUUGGGGGAGUGGGGGGGGAAGGGGGGAAAUCAGCUGGAGCAAUGUUCCCAGAAGACAUCACAUUCCCUCUGUAGCCCUCGUGUGUUUUCUCAGCGUCUAUGCCCCACUGCUGGAUACCUUCCUUUCCAUCUGUCUUCCAUGCAAUUUCACACCUUGGAGAAGAGCAAUGUUGGAACAGCUGGCAAUUUAGCCCAACUUUUCACAUUCUUUGCCAUCCGGACCAUCUGUUAUGUGACCUCUGCUUCUCGGCUAAACUCUGUGCUGUCGUUUCAGGAAAACAUCCAUUGCUGCCUUUGGAAGCAGGGUUCUUCUUUUCAGAUGUUUGGAUGUGAGCCCACUGUCCCUAGCAGACCUUCCUUCCUUAUCCAACACCUAAUUCUCUCCUUGGUUUCAUCCUAAAGCUAGCGGCUCCAUGGCACUUCCCUGCCACACUUAUGGGGUGGGGUGGUCGAGGUUUGGGUGAAGGUUUUGCCUUGGGUCAAAGAUGGAGCUCACAAACUCUGUUAACCCAAGUGGGUGACUCUUUCUUCAUUGUAGAUUGUCCCAGACUGGGAGAUUGGUAGCUGUAAGAAGGUCUGAGAGCAAAUACAGCCUUCAGGUGAAGGAACCAACCUUCCUAUGUGACUUGGUCUGACUGACGGGACCAAAAUUACUCAUCUGGAAAGUGAUUGGACAGCAGGAGGAAUGGCAUGUUACAAGCAACCUUCUCCCAAGAGACCUGUGUCAUCUUGUACAAAGUUAUGAGCUUCUGACUGUGGAAUGCUCCUUCUGGAGAUUUCUCAUCCUGAGAUCCACAGGCCUGGAACAAUGCAGAAGAUUAGUUCCAGCCUGGCCCCAUGUUGGUGCAAGAAAAAAAGAGACCUGGGAAAACUUUUUUCCAUUUUCCAGAAUUUGCUCAACUGCCCAAGAUUUUGGUUCCGUUCAUGACAAUGACACUCCUGAGUGAAGAGCUCUUGGUCAACUUGCGAAUCUUUCCAGUUAUUACAUUAAAUCCCAAUUUAGAAGGUU